CCCACAGAACACCCACUUACUUGAAAAUUCUCCGUCAGUCUGAUCGUCUCACAAAUUCUCUUGGCUUCACACAAACAUCACUCACCUACAAUCUCAGAUUCCAUUCUAUUUGAAGAGAACACUUUUCUACGCUACUACAAUCCAAAAUGAAGUCUACUCUUGCUCUCAUCAGUAUCUUUGCUGCUGCCAUCUUCCAAGGCACCUUGGCCUUUGCUCCUUCCAAUGUGUGUUCGAAGCAACCAUCGGCCAUUAGCUCUCCACUGUUCCGUGCUCCUACCUUUACACCGCCAUCCACUACUACAACAUCCCAAUGGAUGUCUUCCAUUCCGAUGGAACCCAUGACGGUCGAUGUGGCCGUAUCACCUCAAAUGGGCAUUCAUCCAUGGGACCGCGUCUGUGCCACCGUCUCGGAUGCGACCCAAAAUUUGAACGCACUCCGACAAAAAAUCCAAAAGUCGGGAGUCGCCACGGCCAUUUCCUAUUCGUUGGUCUCCAACAUGUUCACUACCGUCGCGCUGUCGUUGGCGUGGUAUGGAUUCUCCAUGCAGACUGGCUUGUCCCCCAUUAGUCCCGGACAAUGGAAGCCCUUUUUGGCAUGGUACGGUGGUUUCUACGCCGUCAACUCACUUCUCAAGCCCGUUCGAUUCAUGAUUGCGUUGGGUAUUGUUCCUCGCACCGAACAACUCAUGGCACUCUUUCAAGCACGAUUUAAUGACAGCAAAAAGGCUGCUGUUAUCGCCUCCACAUCGCUCUUGGUGGUGACUUCCAGCACUGUCAUGGCGUCGGCCAUUGGAUUGGCCAGUCUCUGUUCUGGAGUCCCCAUUUUUGUAUAAACAAAACAAGCAUCCAACCAACCAAACACCAUCCGCCGUCACGCUUCCAAGCUUCCACGGCAUGUACUACCACUGAAGCUUCGGACAUCCUUUAGGAUAUACCAUCCUAGACGGGGAGGACGAUACACGAAGAGAGCACUUUGCAGAACAUCCAGCUCUGAUAUCGUCCGAGGAAAUCGGCGUUCUCAGGCUACCGUACCUCACUCCGACACACACACAAGCGAGUGCCAUAUGGCUGUGGAAACACGCUUCCAGGCCUGCAUCGCUUCCCCACACCAAACUUGUAUUUCUUACCAACUGUACUACUACUACGACUACUGUAUUGUCAAAUCAGAGACUGGCGAUCAAAACUAGAGCCAGCAGCAAAUAUAAUCUAUAAAUUAUACAAUAUAGACUUAGCUUACAUU